UUGAUGUUGUUGCGGUUGUUGGGCGUUAUUGAACUGAAAAUGGAGUUGCAAGAUACGAAUUAUGUCAAGUCGGAGUUUAUCGAAACCGCAUCUGGAAACAAAGUUAGCAGACAGUCAGUGCUUUGUGGUAGUCAAAAUAUAGUUCUAAAUGGCAAGACAAUUAUAAUGGCAGAGUGCAUAAUAAGAGGUGAUCUUGCAAAUGUGAGAAUUGGAAGGCACUGUGUCAUCAAUAAAAGAAGUGUUGUACGACCACCAUUCAAAAAAUUUAGUAAAGGUGUUGCAUUUUUUCCACUGCAUAUUGGUGACCAUGUUUAUAUUGAAGAGGGUUGUAUAGUCAAUGCUGCACAAAUUGGCUCACAUGUCUACAUUGGAAAAAAUUGUAUAAUUGGAAGACGGUCAGUACUCAAAGAUUGCUGUGUUAUAGCAGAUAACACUGUCCUGCCACCAGAAACUGUGGUUCCGCCAUUUACUCUGAUGGCUGGCUCACCAGCUAAAGCUGUGGCAGAGCUACCAGAAUGCACCCAAGAAAACAUGGCAGACCUAACCAAGGGCUUCUACCAACAUUUUAUACCAAUAAUAGAUGAAAAAAGUAAAUCAUCAAAGACUGAACAGAGCAGCAAAAAUUCUAGAAAAUAACUAGUUCAAUUAUUUAUUCUUAUCACCUAAAUCAGUAUCCAGUUGUAUUUAUAAUAAUGUAUAGAAAUUUCAUCAGAGUAAAAAUAUACCUGAAUGGAUUGGGUUCAUUCUAAGCAGAAGAUGAAGGAAGGCUGUCUUGGCAGGUUCGUAUUUAAACAAAGGCUUGGAAAAAGUUUGCUCUCCAGUGAGGUACAGUUGUGAAUUUGAUUCAGAACCAGUGACAGUCUAGCACAUUUAUUUUUUUAGUUUAAUUUACCAUUCUCUAACAACGGUCCUGUUUGGGAAUCUCUUAGGAUAAAGUUUUCCUAAAAGUCUUAAAGAAAUAGUCUGUUGCAGAA